AUGUCAACCCUGUCUAAGGCGGUGCCGAGCCAUAUGUUACCCCCAGAGAUCCUCCUCGCGAUCUUGAACUUGCUGCCUCUAGAGAAUCUACUCCACCAUCGCCUAGUAUGCUCUGAUAUCUCGCGGGCUGCAACUAGGUUGCUCUUCCGCAGGCUGAUGGUGAGCUUCACGCUUGCUGGCUUGAAGCGGCUUGAGUUGAUUGCACACUCCGAUCUCCGAUGCCAUGUGCGAGAAAUCUGGUGGCAUUCGUUUCCCACCACGCCCAACAGCGCCCUAAUAAUCGAGCAAUUGCCGAGCGUUGCUGGUGAAGGCCCAGAUCCUAGACGCCCACAGAACGAGCUUGCCGUUCACCCACAGAGGGGGCCGGUCGACGCAACUUCAGCGCAUCUCACGAGGGACGUCGAGAGGGUGAUGGGGUAUUACGUCCGCGUGACCUGGUACCUGUUCACCCCGUCCCAUCCCGGGGGACGAAGCUUUCGUGACAGCGCAUCUCUCAUGGGCAACUCCACCAGGUUGGCACACCCAUAUCUCCUCUCUGUCCAUGCCUCCAUUUUACGCGAGUCCCGCUGGCCGGUGGCCGAGAUGCAGAGAACAUGUCCUGAUCUCGUGCCCGCGCUCAUUUGCAUGCGGUAUCUUCUCCAGGAGGACAGGAAGACGGGUUGCAUGAGCGAGACACCAACCAGCGACCCGCUCGCUGUACCUCGGGCGACAGCAAGCGCGGAGGUUGGGCUAUCCCCGGGCGCCACUGGCCCGUACGGAGAUGUAUAUGACAUCCAGAAUGUGUACUUCCUACAGGACGAGAAUCUGCGCGAUCCCGUCGGCAGCCACAACGCUGAACGGGGUUCUGAUGCAUAUCAAUAUGCCGCACGAUAUUGGACCGAUCAUUACGCUCGCGUCGAGGGGGUGCUCGACACUUGGGUCGUGGAGGAUGCGAUAACCUUGUUAACCGGGCCGACAGGGGCCCGACGGACGUGGUAUGACGACGUCGCCUACCAUUCACAGAUGCCUGGGCCUAGAGCGGACGAAGCUAACGCGAUCAUUCUGGCUGCCUUCUUCGGUCUCGCCCGAGCCUUGCAAACGCUGCUACAACAGCCACCGGAGCAGCAGACCGGGGCGAGUGGACCACUCGCCCUGUACUGGGCUUCGUCGGAAGGCCACAGCAAAUGUGUGGACAUCCUCCUCGGAGGCCAUCUCCCUCCUGCGACGGUGGAACAGUUGCAGUCGGCCUUGGCUGUGGCAAUCCAGGCUGGGUCUUGGGAGACCUGUGAAUUGCUGCUUGAAAAGGGGAGAGCCAGCCCCAAUCACGGCGCUCGAUGGUGCCGGACUCCUCCACUCGUCCUCGCCGCGAAGGGAAACCAACAGGAAAUCCUCCGCGGUCUGAUGGGACGCGUUGACAUUCUCCUUGACCAAGUGGACGGGCGUGGCCGGACGGCACUGAUGGAAGCCUGUCAUGCUGGCGCCACGGAAUGUGUCCACACGCUCCUCGAGGAUGGACGCCCGACGCUUGUUGCGACCGACGCGCAGGGGCGCAACGCCCUGGUGUACGCCAUCCAGUCUGGCUUGGACAACGUUCUGCGGCCUCUCCUAGCCCACCCUGGCAUCGACGUUCAUCAAAUCGACCGAGGCGGGAGGAACUCUGUAUCACACGCGGCCCAACACGGCCACUUGGAGGUGGUCAUGCAUCUCGUGCACGCCGACGUGGCGAUCGGCGCGGAAGACAUCACUGGUCGUAACGCGAUCUCAUGGGCGGCCAAUAGCUCAGAAGCCACACGACGUGGUUCUGACCUAUCACUGUUGACCUACCUGGUCAGAACCUGCCCCGUGGCGGUCGAUGCCCACGACGAAUGUGGAUGGUCGGCAUUGGCUUGGGCUCUCGAUCCACCGGGCCAUCUCCAAACGAUACAGGUCCUGAUCGAGCAAGGGCGAGCCAACGUCAAUCAGCGGGACACCAUCUCUGGGCGGUCAAUACUCGCAUCGGCGGCGGGCCAAGGACACGCGGAAAUCGUGAGAUACCUGCUCCGCUCACCAAACAUUGACAAAAAUGGACGAGAUUGGGCCGGCCGGUCCCCUCUUUCACACGCGGCCGGCCAGGGCAUGGUGGCGACGAUCGAGGUGUUGCUUCAAGACCGCGAGGUAGUGCUCGACCUGCAGGAUGAGCGGGGGCGAACUCCCAUGGACUGGGCACGGCGAAGCAAUCAUCAGGCUGCCGUGGCGCAGUUGGCUCAAGCUUCUAGUGGCACUGGGUGGAUUUGA